AUGAAUGCCCCAUCGUCGAUGUCCAUCGCUCUCUUUACUGACACGUUUAUCGCCAGCUUCAUGGUUCCUAUCCUCCCUUAUAUGCUCGAAGGCCGAAUUGGUUUAGAUCCAUCUCGUACACAAAGCUUGACGUCCUGGUUAUUGGCUCAAAAUGCAGCGACUAACGUCGCAUUUCGGAUACCGCUAUCCCAUUUCGCGGAUAAGUCUUCCUCCAAGCGGAAGUGGCUUCUCGGGGCGUUGGUAAUUGCCUUGAUUAGCACGUUUACCACAGCAGUGGGAACAUCAUUACCUUUGCUUUUCAUCAGUCGAUCGGUGCAGUCCCUCGCUGCCAGUAUAAUGUCGGUUAUGGCAUUCAUGAUAGUUUCAAAUGCCGUCUCUAUUGAGAAUACUGCCAUAUCCAGUGCUGCAAUAUCCAUGGCGGUAUCAUUGGGGGUCUCAACAGGACCUAUGUUAGCAGGUGUUUUACUACAACUAGCAGGAUACUGGGCCACAUGGUCAAGUGCGCUCGUUGUUCUUAUGAUCAACGUGUUUGUCUGUUUAUUUAUGCUAGAGAAGCAUAUCCCUGAGCGAAAAGUAGAAGAUAGCCCGAAAAACCCUGUUGCGAAACCCAAUCCAUCAUCUGAAAGAUCGCCCCUUCUCUCCACCAACUGCGACGCACCUGAGACUGAUAUAAACCUGACCUCCGAGCUUAAUUUCUACUGGUGCAUCUUUAGUAAGUCCAGCUUCACAGGAGGUGUGUAUGCGAAUUUCAUCGCAGGUCUUGUUGUGAGUAUCUUCACUGCAACCGUACCUCUCCAUGUUCGCGAUAUAUUUGGUUGGAGCGACAUGCAAUCUGGACUUAUUUUCGCCGCUCUUCAAAGCCCUUGCCUCAUAUGCUCGCCAUUUGUGGGUUGGUUGAAAGCUCGCAUUGGGAGACGGUGCCCGACUGUGGUUGGAUUUAUCCUCCUGGCUCCGGGAAUGUGGGCCUUGGGUAUUCCGGGGAGUUCGCAAUUCCCGUCAUCUGUGCACGCUGCCUGGGGCUCUGCGUUGUAUAUAGCCGCGAUGGUUUACAUUGGGACUCUAAAUACGUUGCUUAACGGGGCGGGGACUAUUGAGGCGACUCAUGCCGUGCGUGAACUCGAAAAAAACUAUUCUGGAGCGUUUGGUCCUGGAGGUGGGAAGUGUCGCGCUAUUGCCAUUGCUGGUACUGCGGUGACGCUAGGAACGUCUGUUGGUCCCGUCGUGGGUCAAGCACUAAACGACGAAUCUGGCUACUAUGUGAUGAAUUGUGUUGUUGGUUAG